AUUUAGCCGUUGACGCGGGUAUAUUCGAUGUAUGAGUGGAAUAUCGUUCGUAGCUAGGUUUUCGCGAUUUUGGGAUGGUGUCAUGACAAUGAUCUUGAGGAAGCUGUCGCGAUCCGUGACUUGCCUCAAGCCCGCCGUGCUGGAGGAUGGAGCACCGAUCAAGGCGCAGCGCCACUCGGAUAAUCGCGGUUUCAGCGACAGCUCCAAUUCUUUCUCCCACGGCGGCUUCUCGCGCCAGGCGCCGGAUCAGAGCAUUGCCUAUCGAUUCGACAUGGCGGAGCUGCUGAGAAUUACGGGAAAUUUCUCGGCCGAUCGGCUCGUCGGGCAGGGAGGGUUUGGGACGGUCUACAAGGGCCGCCUGCGCGACGGCACAGUCGUGGCAGUCAAGCGCGCAAAAAAGAACAAUCUCGAGUCGAGAAUCACGCAGGAGUUUAGGAGCGAGAUCCAAAUGCUGGGCAAUGUGGAGCAUUUGAAUCUCGUGAAGCUCCUGGGGUACUUGGAGCAGGAUCGCGAGAGGAUCAUCGUCGCGGAGUUCGUUCCAAAUGGAAAUCUUCGCCAGCACCUAGAUGGACAAAAUGGAAGUGUGCUCCACUUGGCCACCAGACUGGACAUCGCGAUCGAUGUAGCGCACGCAUUGACUUAUCUCCACCUCUACGCUGAUCGUCCCAUCAUCCACCGCGAUAUCAAGUCCACCAACAUCCUUCUCACGGACACCUUCCGCGCCAAGGUCAGCGACUUUGGGUUCUCGCGAACCGGUCCUGCGGACCUAGAGUCCACUCACGUCUCCACUCAAGUGAAAGGCACCGCCGGGUAUGUCGACCCCGAGUAUCUCCACACUUACCAGCUCACGGACAAGAGCGAUGUCUACUCGUUCGGUAUUCUCGUGUGCGAGAUCAUCACCGGACGAAGGCCCAUCGAGCUCAUGCGGCAUGGCGACGAGCGAGUGACCAUACGAUGGACGUAUAAGAAGUUCCGGGAAGGCAGGCUUCACGAGGCUCUGGAUCCGCGGAUGGAGAUCACGCCGGACACUUACGUGAUCAUCGAGCAGAUGAUGGAACUGGCGCUGCACUGUGUGGCACCCAAGCGAACGGACAGGCCCUCGAUGAAACGCGUUGCCGAGGCGCUGUGGAACAUUAGAAGAGAUCACAGGCCGGAGUUGCAGCGGCUAGCCGAGAGGGAGAUUUCGUCGAGCAGGGCUGUGAGCAGAAGUAACUCGAAACAAAGCGAUAGUCGUGCUUCCGCUGCUGCUCAUCCCUGGCUGUAAAUCACAAGAAAAAAAAAAUUGUAAAAAAAGUGAGAGAAACAAACAAAAAAAAAAACAAGUUUUGUUAGUUCGUAUCAACGAUAA